AUGGCGCCGGCUGCAAAGCGACGCAAACGGACCAUUGUCGACGACUCUGACGCCGAAGAAGACGAGAAGAAGCAGACGAGUCAAAACAAUCAAAACACCCUGAAUCGCUUCCUCAUCGCGUCCCCCGUCGCGAGCAAGUCCGCCAAGCCAGACGACAACGACCGCCUAGAAGUAAUACCGGAUUCUUCAAGUCCUGUGAGAGCCACUACGAGAACUACACGCGCUUCGACAAGAUCUCAACCUCCAGCUGCAUCGUCUGCCACCCUCCGGAACCGACUGCCAAAAGCUGCUUCCGGAAGCCCAAGCGCAAGCCCGAUCAAGUCACGGACGAGGGCACAGAAGAAACUCAGAACUGAGGAAAAUGGGAGGAAUGGGGACCUCAAGGUUCUAUUCUCGAAGCAAACGGAAAGGAGUCAAGCAUCUGCGGCAUCGGGCGUGAGCAGCAAGGAUAUUAGCGAUUUCCUUGAGGAUAUCAUCAGCGAGUCUGAUGACGACAUCGCUCUGUCCAAGACGGCAGCAUCCAGCUUGGUUGGACUGCAAGCUCACAGGCGCUUCAAAGACAACUCCCAGGGCACCUCCCAAGGGAGCUCGUUGUUCAGUACCCAGACUAGUACGCUAAGUUCAACCACGGGUCAGCGCUUCUUGAAGCAAUCCAGACCAGCUAGGCCAGUGGUUGCCCCACCUCCGCCGACCGAUGACGAUUCUCGACCGUGGUCCGAACGAUUCGCCCCAACAAACCUGGAGGAGCUGGCGGUACACAAAAGGAAAGUGGGAGAUGUGCGGAAAUGGCUGGAGGAUGUUAUUGCUGGCCGGAUGAGGCAGCGCCUCCUGGUGCUGAAGGGCGCUGCUGGCACGGGCAAAACGACCACUCUGAAACUGCUAGCCGAGGAUAUGCGAUGCGAAGUUCUUGAAUGGAGAAACCCAGCAAGUUCAUACGGUGUUCCUCAGGGAUACCAGUCUGCGUCUUCGCAGUUCGAAGAGUUCUUGGGAAGAGGCCGGAAGUUUGGACAGCUGGACCUGGAAGGAGACUCACCUCUGCCGGCACUGGCGCCCACCACCAACACAUCAAAUCAGGGCCGAAGGGUAAUCCUAAUUGAAGAAUUUCCCAAUACCUUCAUGCGAUCAUCCACCGCCUUGACCAACUUCAGGAACACAAUUUAUGAGUUCUUGGCGGCUAACACCCCAGCACUUACACCCUUUGGGCAGACACCACCCGCGGACUCAAUUGUUCCAAUAGUAAUGGUAAUAUCUGAGACCUUGCUUACCACAACGUCUGCUUCCGCCGACAGCUUUACUGCACAUCGAUUACUAGGUCCCGAGAUAUUGCGACACCCUGGGACAGGUGUCAUCGAAUUCAACCCCAUUGCGCCAUCUCUCCUCGCUAAAGCUUUAGAGCUGGUAGUGAAGAAGGAAGCCCGAAGGUCGGGCCGCCGAAUGACCCCUGGACCACUGGUGCUUAAACGUCUUGGAGAGAUUGGGGACAUCCGAAAUGCUAUUGCAUCGCUAGAGUUCCUUUGUGUUAAGGGCGACGAUGACGCCGACUGGGGAUCCAAGAUUGCUUUCACGAAGACGAAAAAAGGAUCAAAGGAUGCAGCGCUGACCAAGGGUGAGCAAGAAAGCCUUGAGCUAAUAUCUCAGCGAGAGGCAACCCUGGGUAUCUUCCACGCGGUUGGAAAAGUCGUAUACAACAAAAGGGCUGAAAAGCCGUUUCCCUUGGGGUCUGAAGAAGCAAAAGCGGAGACAUUACCAGGCUACCUGUCACACUUGUCCAGGCCGAAGAAAUCCGAAGUUGCUGUUGACACGCUAAUCGAUGAACUGGGUACUGACACCCAGACCUUCAUUGCGGCCUUACACGAAAAUUACGCCCUGUCGUGCGAAAGUAGUCCUCUCGAUCCCAAUUCUUCCUUAGAUUACAUGAAUGGAUGUCUCGACUACCUGUCCGAAGCCGACCUUCUCUGUCCCUCCUGGGACAUUUUUUUUGGCGGAAAGGGAGCAUUCGCCGGCGGAAAUUACGGCGGUAAGGACUCGGGUAGCCAUAUACUCCGGCAGGAUGAAAUGGCAUUCCAGGUCGCCGUUCGCGGCCUAUUGUUCUCCUUGCCGUCGCCUGUUAAACGGCAGACGCACCCAACGUCAGGUCGUGGGGGAGGAGACGCUUUCAAAAUGUUCUACCCGGCUUAUCUCAAGCUGUGGAGGGCCAAGGAGGAAUUGGAAGGUUGUGUGGACACGUGGGCUACCAAGAUGCUGAAGGGCGAGGACGGCAUGACAUUAUCGCAUAGCGGCGGCACAACUAUGAAUUUGACCAGCGGUGCAUCGGCGUUCCAAAGGCCAUCCUCGACAGCGAACCCGAACGUCAACAGCGUAAGAGAUUGGGCUAGCACACAAAGACCCCAGCCAGCCACGCAAGCGCCGACCACCGCGUCAAGUAGUUCCGCGCCCCCUCUCCUCUCGCUCGGCUCCGCCGCUCGACAAGAAAUGGUCCUCGAGCGUCUCCCUUACAUGGCACACAUUGCUCGCGGUCGACGCUGCUCGUUCGGUUCCAUGCGUAUCCGGGACCUAGACAAGAUCGUGUCCUUCCAUGGCAUUGGACCUCCCGCAACCGAGGAUUUGGACGAAGACGAAGCUGUAGGAGCGGAGGAGGCAGGGGUGACUGAGAGUUGGACUACGGAUAAGCCUGUGGAGGAAGCGAUGAUCCCCGGGCGGGACAAGAGAGGGCUAGGUGCGAUCCUCAGCCGGGCUACUGCCAGUAGGGUGCAUGGUAAUGGACAGGAGCAGGAGGCGACGGAGCUGGGUGGGAUUCAGAGCUUGGUGCUGAGUGAUGAUGAUAUCGAGGAUUGAUUGAUGGGCGGGCAUGGCCGUUACUAGCGACCAAGAGUUCAAGGGUCCAUUAGGCUUCAAUGUACUUAGGACGUUAUACGU